CCCUCUAGCACGAUACCUCACUAGCAGACGGCUUGACUAGCAGACGUUACUUACAGCAAGUUGACACACACGGAACAACAUCACACAUGACAAAAGGUGACCAUGGAACAAUGACGUCACAAAUUGUAUAUUUAACAUCUGGUCUCACUCCCAGCUGGCUAAUUAAUUAGUCCGUCCACGUCACAUCAAUUAGUGUACCACGUGACCUCAAGUGUUUUAUUGAAGGCGUCAUCAAGCGUCAGUCACACGGUUGGCAACUGUGGACACACUUGGACACACGUGGACACUCGUGGACACAGUCGACCGGUCAACCUAUUGUUUCUUGAAAAUGGCAAGAGGAGUUUUGUUUUUUCUGGUGAUUUUACUGCGAGAGUCGGGGUCGGCCACACUGGAGUGUCCUGAAGGACUGUGGGGCGCGGACUGCCAGAGCAGGUGUACAGCUGGCUGUUUAAAUAGCUGCAACAGGACAACCGGCCGCUGUCUUGACGGCUGCAAGGCCGGCUGGACCGGGUACAACUGUGGGGAAAUGUGCAAGCCCAUGUACUACGGCAUCAACUGUAACAAAAACUGCGGCCAUUGUCUUGACGAGCAGCCGUGCAACAUCGUGACCGGAAGUUGCUCAGACGGAUGUGACCCUGGUUUCUAUGGCAACCAAUGUCUCACACCGUGCGAGCUGUUUACUUUUGGCGCCAACUGUCGUCAGACGUGUGGACACUGCAAGAACAACCAAUCGUGUAACGCCAUGAGCGGCCUGUGCUCCGGGGGGAACUGUGAGAGGGGCUGGCGUGGAGCUCACUGUGAUCAAGCCUGCGUUGAAGGGACUUACGGAGAGGGAUGUGCUCAAAUUUGCGGGAAUUGCCGCAGGAACACGUCAUGUGAUCAUGUGACCGGCAGGUGUACUCAAGGCUGCGCACCUGGAUGGACUGGCCAGUUCUGUAAUCAAAUGUGUCAACACGGGCAGUACGGGGCUGGCUGUCGCUUGACCUGUGGUCAUUGUUUAAAAGGAACCUGUGACCACGUGACCGGAAGUUGUCUGGGAGGGUGUGACAUGGGCUACAGCGGGCCACAGUGUAAAGAAGUGUGCCCGCCUGGUUGGUUUGGAGAGAACUGCAGCCACUCGUGCGGUCAGUGCAGCCAUCGCUCUAGCUGUGAUCCGAUCCAGGGCCUCUGCCAAGGUGGGUGUGCCCCGGGGUACGAAGGAUUCCUCUGCAAAAGGAACUGCACACCUGGCUUCUAUGGAGUCGACUGCAAAUUCCAGUGUGGACAUUGCGCCGUUGGCACGUGUGACGUCAUCAGUGGACUCUGUGACGCAGGCUGUGAGGAGGGUUGGGAGGGAGAGAGGUGCAACACAGGAGUGCUGACAACGGCAGCCGCGGGUUUCCACACCUCCCCGUCCUUCCCCAUCCUCGUCAUUUCAUUGGUUGGCGCCGUCAUCAUUCUGGCAACCUUCUCGACCUACUUCCUUGUCGUCCGACCCAAGAAAUCAGCCCUCAGACGCCUCUACACCGCCUCGAGUAACGAGCACCUGACCAACACCUACGAGCAAAUUGUUGGCAGCCCAUGGGAGAUCCAGCGUGGUCAGCUGUCGCUUAGCAACGAGUUGCUGGGCAACGGACAGUUUGGACAAGUUAAAAGAGGUCACGUUAAAAUAAACGGGGUCAAGGUUCCCGUGGCCAUUAAGUCUUUGAAAGAUAACGCCUCUGAGAAGGACAAGCGAGACUUCCUAAACGAACUGGCUAUUCUCAAACGUGUGGGCAAACAUGAAAAUGUCGUCUGCCUAGUGGGCGCCUGCCACAUUAAAGGCGUAAUGUACGUGGCUAUGGAAUAUGCCAAACACGGAGAUCUGAGAACAUUUCUACGUCACAGCCGCCGUCUGACGGCAUUACAUGAGUACGACAAUACGUCAUCACCAUUUCUGCACACGGCACUCCGGCCACAGACCUUGAUCAAACUCUCUCUGGACACGGCACGGGGGCUGGGGCAUCUGGCGGACAAACAGAUAAUUCACAGAGAUGUGGCUGCUAGAAAUGUCCUCUUAGCAGAUAAAUUAGUUGCGAAAAUCGCGGACUUCGGCCUAUCUAAGAAUGACCAGACCUACGUCAAAACGUCAAGUACCCGUGUCCCUAUCCGCUGGAUGGCCGUGGAGUCUUUGUUCAGCAACACGUACACACUACAGAGCGACGUCUGGUCGUUUGGCGUGUUGCUGUGGGAGAUGUUCACCCUGGGGGGGACGCCCUACUCCAGUAUAGACAGCCAGCAGCUCUUCAACUACCUCAAGGAUGGUCACAGGCUGAGGAAACCCAGGCUUUGUGAGCCAGAUAUGUACGCGAUGAUGCUACAGUGUUGGCACGAGACCCCAGAGAGGAGACCGACGAUAGACGAACUUGUGGCCCGACUGGGGCGGAUGUUGGAGAACAGCCAGGUGUACAUGAAUUUAAGCAUUCAAGAGGAAUCUUUGUACACGGAGAUAGACCAAGUGAACCAGGUCAAAGACAACUGAACAUCAGACAGGUCACCAGACAGGUCACCAGACAGGUCACCAGACAGGUCACCAAGGCUAUUCUCGUAUCUUCUUAUCUUGACUUUUGAAGGACAAUCUCAACUGGUAGAUUUGCAACAGGUGCUAUGAUUUGCCUUAGUUGCUAAUUUCUUAUUCUAUAGUUGAUUUCAGAUUUUUGCCAUUGUUAAAUAAGUGUAGCAAUUUCUGUUUGAACCCACUAUAUUUUGAAAUGACUGCUAAUAUUGUGAUCAAAUGACUUAUGUUAGUGCAGCUCAUUUUUGCUAGAAUGUGUACACCCCCCCCCCCCUCCCAUCCAACCCUGUAGCAAUCUCUUAGGAUCUGGCCCUAUGUUUGUAAAACAUUUUAUGAUCUUGUUUAAAUACUUAGUCCUCAAAUACGUUGUCUCAACAUAAGACUGUUAUAGGAUGUUCAAACAAUAUAGUUUAGAACAUUGGUGCAGGUAGGUCAUGGGAACGAGGUUUUCAAUCAUUUCCAUAUGUAAAUCUGCCCCAAGUGUCUCUAAAUAUGCCCAAAUUGUCCACGAAUCUGCCCCAAGUGCGUAGAUCCAUAGGCUAGAUAUAGAGAAAUAGGCUAGAUCUAGAGAAAUGAACUCCAGUGUUUUCCAAUGAACAUUUCAUAUUGCACUAACAUGGCACAAAAAGAUAAUAAUAUAACAUUUAAAUAAUAUGUUAUAUAUUGGAGAAAAAUGUACACAUACUACAUAAUAUGCCUAGAUCGAUAUGUAUUUUUUUAAAUGUGUUUGAAUUUACCCUAUCUGCAGAGGCGUAGCUAAGGAAGGGCGGGUGGGGCUGCUGCCCCAGGCACCGACCUGAGGGGGGGGGGGGGGGUGCGCCGAAAGGGAUAGAAAAAUAAAUAAAAAAGCUGCGGGCCUGCAUUACUAAAUUAUACACAGUCGAAGCUAUGGAAAAUAGACCAUUAGUCGUUUUUACGGGCUUAUUUAACUGUUUUCUACAUCGAAUUUAACGAAACCAUUAAGGGACAAAGACUGGUAAAAAGCGCCCACGAUGUUUCCUAACUGGGGGGUGUGUAUGGGGGGGGGGGGAAGGAGGGAGCUUUUUUGCUAAUGCCAAUGUGAAUAACGAUACACACGAGGAGGGAGGAGGCGCAAAGUUGAUAGUUAGUCCCGGGCGCCGGAUCGGAUCGCUACGCCUCUGUCGUCA